AUGUCGGACACCAGUGACCACUUGUGUCUACCGUGUUGGCCAGUGACCGCUCGGUGGCCAGUGUAGAUGGGAUGUGUAAUUAGUGAUAGCAACACUUAGCAAGGUACACAUCACCGAGGUGCGAUAGACCAGGCCUACACGCGGGAGUGGACUGUAUUCAUCUCUAGGGCUGGACCCCUCACACACAACAAUGUCAGCCUACGCCCAAUUCGGCUACACCUACCCUGCGGCGGCCUCACAGCUGCUGGUGGGUCAGGGCGGAGGCGGGACGGGCGGCACCGGCUGCUGUGAGGGCGGCCGGACCAUCAUGACAGACCCGGUGAGCGGACAACCCGUCUGCUCCUGUCAGUACGACCGCCUCGCCCUCGGCUCCUACUCCAGGAUCGGCUCCAGCCUCGGGGCCACUGGAGGGGUCUAUGGCACCACCUACACCUCCAGCGAACAGAACCCCUAUCCAUCCAUCGGUAUGGACUCCUCCGCCUUCUACAACCCCUUG